UCGAUCAAGGCCGCGGCCAAAGAUGUGGCCUUCGAUGUCAUGAGCUUCUACCGUGGCAACCAGUCGGGCCAAAUUCCGGGCCUUGUGUCCCAACCACCGCCCGGCGGCGACUACAGCUGGUGGACGGGCGCCGUGCUGUGGUCCACCAUGCUUGACUACUGGUACUACUCGGAUGAUGGCACCUACAACGCCGAAUCACUCAAUGGGCUGGUGUGGCAGAGCGGCCCCGAUCUGCAGCACCCUUUCAUGCCGCCUAACUGGACGGCGAGCCUGGGCAAUGACGACGAGGGUCUCUGGGGCAUGACGGCGAUGCAAGCCGCCGAGCAGAACUUUCCUCGUCCGCCUGCGGCCGACCCGAGUUGGAUCGAGUUGGCCCAGGCCGUGUUCGAAGUCCAAGCCGCGCGUUACGCGGCUGACGACGCGUGCAACGGCGGCCUGCGCUGGCAGCUGUCGCCGGUGAACCAGGGCUACAUGUACAAAAACACGGUGUCCACGGCCGUGUUCCUGAACCUCGGCGCCCGGCUGGCCCGGUACACGGGCAACCAGACCUACGCCGAGUGGGCCGGGAAGGCCUGGGAGUGGCUCAGCGAUGUCGGCUACAUCGACGCCAAGUACAACGUCUACGACGGCGCUGCCAUCGAGAGUAACUGCAGCGAUAUCGACAAGCUCCAGUUUUCCCUCGCCCCGGCGGUGCUCCUCCAAGCAGCAGCAUACAUGUACAACCAGACGACCGACAAAACCCAACAAUCCACCUGGCAGACCCGCCUCACCGCCCUCACCGACCGCACCCUAACCGUCUUCUUCCCCCCCAGCGACGCCGCCAGCACCUCCACCUCCACCACCACCAACGCGACCGGCCCGCUCGUCGAGAGCGCCUGCGAGCUCUCCGCCGGCAAGACGACCUGCAGCAGCGACAUGCUCUUCUACAAGGGGGUGCUGCUGCGGGCGCUCGCCAGCGCCGCGCAGCUGGCGCCCUUCCUGCGCGACGCCGUCGCCGCGCCGCUGCGCACCACCGCCGAGGCCGCGGUCGCGUCCUGCGCCGGCGGCAAGUCCGGCCGGGCGUGCGCGUUCCGCUGGGCGGACGACGGCGCUGAUGAUCUGCGCGGGGCGCCACCCGAGGAGCUGAACGCGCUCUCGGCGGUGCUGGUUGGCGGCGUGCUGCGCGAGGAGGUCGCGGCCGGGAAGGGCGUGGCGACGAAUGGGACGGCGAAGCCUGGUGAUAGCAGUGGUGGUGGUGACGGUGGGAAUGGGGCUUCGGAUUCGGGAUCGGGGUCGGGGUCUUCGGGCUCUGGGAAUGGUGCCGGUGCCGGUACCGGGUCGCAGGGGAAUGGGGCCGGGAAGGCGACCGGUGCGGCGACGAGGAUUGGGUUCGGAUUGGUCCUGGCCGCGCUGGUGGCUGUGAUGAUGUCGUAA